AUGCUGCUUCCUACAUUUUUACUUGCUGCAAUUGUCACGGGGUAUCUAAAUUUAUCUUCUUUAAGUGGCGUGAAUGCAGAUGCUGAUAUUGAUAAGACCGCAUACCGUAUUUACAAUCAGUUAUUUGGUUUUGGUUUUUACGCUAGUUUUAACUUAAGAUUUAGGAGAUAUUACGAUUCUGGUUUACUAAACAAUAUAGAGAACGUAUCGGGAGAAGACUUAGUCAAUGAAGGCGUGAUUAUGCGUGAAUUUUUGUACAGUGCUACACACGUAGCAGCAAAUACUUCAGUUGUGAACCAAUACAGAACUGUUGCUGAAAAUAUUGGUUACAAUGUGACAGAGAUUGUGUCUUUGAUCAAUACAAACACGAGUGGUUAUAAUACUGAUUUGCUCAGGAGGAUAACAUAUUACGAAGUUUAUGCGACGGACAGUGACACUAGCUGUGCGAACUUUGACAAGAAGUACUUGCAGAAGACCCGAAAUGAUGUGAAAAGAUGUCGAAAGAGCUUUGAUACAGAUAUGUUGCGUUCAUUCGAAAACAAAAAGUUACGUGCACUGUACAAGUUCAUAGUGCCCAUUGCAAUUGAAAAAUCCUAUAAACUAUGCAAGUAA